CGCCCUUUCUCUCCGCCGCCGCGCCCGUGGGGAGCAGCUGCGGCCGGCAGGGCCGCCGGGACCCGCCCCGCCUGCUCGGGGCCGGGCACCUGCUCCGGGCCCGGCGGCUCCGGGAGUGGCUCGGCUCGGCUCUGCGGGCGCUUCAAGAAAUUCAUAUAAACACGAGAGAGAAGAUGACAAGGUCUAGAUCAAGAUCACCACGAUGGAAACAAAGGUCCUUAUCUCCAGCAUUUAGGAGUCCAGAACACCAUAGGCAAAGGCAUGCUCAUAUUAAUUAUGACUGUGAAUAUAAAAGUUUUCGUAAGGACCCAAAGAAGCCUAUGCCUUGGAGAACAGAUGAUGAAAAAUACGGACAAAGCAAUUCUAGAUUUGCACCUCAUGGAAAUAACCACCAGAGAAUAUAUGAACGUAGAUCACCUUCGCCAAACCUGAAGAGAAUUCUCAUGGAAGAUGCUUAUGGUCAUAAACCCUACAGAACACAUUCAUCAGAAAGAACUGAAGGCAAUAGGAGAUGCCCGUUACCACCAAAAUACUCGGAAAUGCCAUAUAAAGAGCAUGAUCGGCCAUUUUACCACCACAGAACAGAAGAUAGGUACAUGUUUGAUCACUACAAAGUCGCUGGAAACGAAAAAGGAAUGAAACCUUUUCAUAGACCAUUAGGGGCUCCAUAUAAACUUGAAAGAAAAUGGCAUGAAGAUGACUUGAGGCACCAGAGGUUACAUGAAGAGAAGUAUGUUCAGUCACCCAGAAGAGUGUCUGAUGAAUUUACGUCAAGGAGCUCUUUACAGAAGAGGUAUCCUGAAGAUCACGAUUACAGAGAAUAUGGGCACGCGUCUAAAAGGGCUAAGGAAAUGGAGAGGUAUGACGGUGGAGAAGUAGCACGAAAUUCCAAGUGGAAGCAAGAACGUUCUUUUUCACCCUACCAAGAAAAGGAGGAGCAAAGAAAUCUGGGUGCCCAGUCUCACCGGUCGGCCGAAAGGGAGUACUCGGAGGGUUCUGUCACAAAGAUAGCCUAUGAAUACAGUCACAAACGACGCAGGCAUCCAGAUGGGGAAAAGUCUUUCUCAGAUGAUAGAGCUCAGAAGUAUGUGAAGCAGGAAGACCAGAAAUACGGUUCUUCUAAGGGUGCCCGGAAUAGCAAAGAGCUAGAUUACUUUAGUGGUGGAAGAGCGAGACAGACUGAAGAAGGAGGGCAUGUUGAAGUACCUGUUAAAUAUAGUUCAAAGAAGGGCUGCAAUGCAUGCAUUAACUCUUCCAAGAUGGAUGUUGAUCUGAGAUCCUUUAAAAACAAGCAGAAGGAAAGAGUAAGGAAAGAAGGGGAACUCAGGAGUAAAGUAGAUUCCUCCAGUAGCCAGCAUGAUUCAAGUCAUACUGUUUCAGAUGUGAAAAUGUCAGAUGUCAACUGUAGGAGGGAGCAUCUCACAAUCAAAGUGGAUAUGAAGAAAAUGGUGACCAAGUACAGGGCUGCUUCUAGUCAUACUACAGAGAGACAGAUGUCACACGAUCUGGUUGCUAUUGGCAGGAAAAAUGAGAACUUUCACCCGGUGUUUGAGCACAUGGAAUCUGUAACACGCAAUGUUGAAAACGACCCAUCAAGAGAAUUUACUCAGGAAAUAAUCACAAUUAUCCAUCAAAUUAAAGCAAAUUAUUUCACAUCUUCUGACAUAACUCUGCAUGAACGGUUCUCAAAAAUUCAGGAUAAACCAAUUCCAAAUACGAAUGAAGCUAAAAUAAGUUUGGAUCCAGAAAUUCACAGGAGGAUUGACAUGUCUCUAGCAGAACUUCAGAACAAGCGAACUGUACCAUCGGAAUCUCCUCAGAACAUUAUGAGAGUUUUAGAAGAUCCAAAUGAUCUACGGCAUGAUAUAGAAAGGAGAAGAAAAGAGAGAUUGAAGAAUGAAGAUGAGAGAAUGUUUCAUGUAGAUGGUGCGGCUCCAAGGAAUCAGCAAAGCUGCAGUCUUUCAAAAUUACAAAACUCUCAACUUGAUGGCUUCCAAAAGCCUAUGAGGUUCAUUAAACCACCUUUCAGGAAAUUUAUUGGGAAAUCUCACCUGAAUUCUUACUAUUCUUCAAAAACAAGUGAUACUUUCCCUCAUAGACGCAUUAGAGGACACCUUGAAAAUACAGGACCCAUCAGAAGACACUUUAAGAGCAACUUUGCAGAUGGUCGUUUGCAAUCCCAUUAUAAAUCAGGCUUAGUACAGAAGGGUUUAUAUAUUCAAGCUAAGUACCAGCGGUUACGUUCUGUUGGUGUAAGGGGAUUUACCACUAAUAAAUUCAGAGAUGGAUUUUUGAGGAAAGAAAAGGGAAGUUUAAAUAUUGGGACAGAAACCUGAACUGAGCUCUGAUCCUGAAGUUGAAACACAUAACACAGCAAAGGGAACACCUGUUCAUUUUUUGCAACUUUGUCAAGACCUAAAAUAGGAUAAAGGAACUAACCCUGUAACUUUCUUGAUUAAAAAUAACUUUAUUUUUCAGUAGUGGAAUGCUGCGGAACUUUUUUUACAGUUUUAAUAAUUGCUUUUAAAUUACAGUAUUUGAAUGAAACAUUGUAAUAUGUACCUUUAGUUCCUUUUGCAUACCAGUCUCAAGUAAAGAAGUCAUUGAAGGGAGUCUUUAUUUAUUGAAUACCUUUUCUUCUAAGCAUGAUGUUACAGAUGGAACUUGAGUUGUUAUACCCAGAAGUUUAUAUGUUGGAAGUUUAUUGCUUAUGUAAUAAAAGAAAAAGGAGAAAAAAAGUGCCUGAAUUGUUUGGUAAUAGCACAUUAGCUCAGGAUUUUCCAAGUAAUGACCUUUUAGGUUGUGCAAUAGAUCUUACACCUCUGUUCAGUCAUUUCCGUAAAACAGUAUUUUGUAUUACUUCAUUUUAAUUUAGUAAUAUUCUUGGCUUUCUGAUGUGUAUAUACACUUGUAAAUUGAUAGGAUGUUGAGACAGUUUUCAGUAUUUGAUUAAAAUGAACGAACAGGCAGGUAUGUAAUGUACUGUAGCAGUAGCUUAUAACUGCACUGAAAGCAUGCUUGGGUUUGUUAGAGGAUUAUUUGGUCCGUAUUCAAAGUUAUUCUGUCUCAUUAUAUUUUUCUGUGUGACAUUCUUAACCAAGCCACAUGUUUUCUAAUCUUUUUUUUUGUCAUAAAUGAUUUGGUGGUUUCCUGGAUUCUGAAAUUGGGGCCUGAAGUGUUUAGUUGUAAGAAGGAAAAAAAAAAAGGGCAAAAAAUGUAAGUUUUUAUAAGCAUGUAUUCUAACAAAGCUGUUCAUAAUUGAAACUGCUUUAAAUGCAGAUAGUUUAUAACUUUGUCUAAAAUCCCAGUAAUUCUCUGGGUCACCAUACUUCAGAGAAGAACACAUUGUUACGCUGUACGCAGAACUCAAAUAGCUUGACAUGUUUUUAUAAGCAACUAUAAACAAUAUUGUGCUUAUUUCCUGUUUAUAGCUUUUGCCUUAAUAUAUAGUGUAUAGUAGGGUUUUGUCUCUGUAUUACAGAUUUAAGACUUCUUAUUCCAGGUAAAUUAAAGAUGCAUAACAAGUAGUUUUCAAAGAUGAUGUUCUUAUUUGUUUUAAGAAACAUUUUUUUCAUAAUUUCUAAGAGUGUUAGCCAUAGAGAAUGCAGGCUAAUCUCUGUUGUGGGUAACUGAUCAGAACUCUGGUAGUGGGUAGAGGUAAGUGCAGAGAUAAGAAAAUUUGGUUUUGGUGGAAAGUCAGGAUGUGAUUAUUUUUUUUGCAUGCUUUUGUCAUAUUUUUUUUCAAAAUACCAUCAGUAGAGAGACUGUCUAUUGGAACUGUAAGUAUGGCUCAGAACAGCUAAAAUAGCGUCACUUAAUCUUCAGUUCAUGGGGUGUACUGCUUAGUUUUCAUAGGAAAUAAGUAGGCAGGAAGUGUGCCAGAUUCAUUGAUUUUCAUGGUGAUUCAACAAUAACACCAGAUGGCUUAAGUUUCUAAAACCCAAGUUUUCAACUGAAGUAAUUACUAAAUGAUUCAACCAGUUUUUCAGUAACUUUUUCCCAUACAUACGCAAGAUGGGAAGCUAAAGGAAGGAGAUUCCCUGGUCAAAUGCAGCUAAUGUUCUGCAGUUAAGAAAUUAUGCUGUUGGUGAUGAAUCUGGCAAAAUUUCUCUGUGUAGAUUUACUGGGAGGUGGAAAUAAGGAAUUGAAACAACAGAUUGAGUCAACACAAAGUGAAUGUGGAGUAGCCAUGGUUAAGCGAUCUGCUGUCAGAGGAGCAUUGCGUGUGCCCCUGCAGGUUGGGGCAGGUUCUUCCUAAAGCCCACAGGCUCUGUUAUAUUGCUCCUGAAUGUGCUAAAGCAUUGUAAAACACAGGUGAAACCAUACAUGAUAUAGGACAAACUACUGAUUGUCUCACUCAACAGGAUAUUACUGUUUCUGUAAGCUUCCUGCAGUGUUCGUAUUAAAGCUUGGAAGAAAACUCACUGUUGAGGAAAUGAGAAAAGAUACGUGAAGAAACUUCUGACAUGCCAGUGUUGCUAAUGUUGCGUGGAAGUAACUGAAGUAGUCGGACUUCAGCCAAUUAAUGCUGCUCUUUCAUUUUAUUUUUAUUGAAAAGCAGCUUUAAAAAUGUGAAUGGCUCCUGAUUGUGUGCUUUAUUUUACUUGUGCACAAUUAGUUUUACUACAGUUUUAUUACCUUCACAGUUUAGCUUAAUUAUUAUUUCUGUAAAUGUGAGCAAUGUAUUACAGACAUGGUAUUUUGGGCAAGUUUACUGACACCCCUCCCCUUCCCCAGCCCACCGCUGGUUCCAAGAUGAAUGCCAUAUGAUGAAAUGUAGUCCCCAUUGCAGUUGCUUUAGCUUUUUUGUGAGGAGAUUCCAUCUGCUCCAAUCACAUUCUUUACCGAUAACAUUGCUUUACUAAUUCAGGAUUUUGUCAUGACAAAACUUCCUAUUUUACAUAAAUUUCAUACAGAAAAUUAAUUCUGUGAUUGAGUUAAGCGGUAGAGGCAGCUGAACUAUCUAGUCAGUCUAGUGUGUGACUUACUCUGCUUUGUAUCUUCUUUAAUUGCAGACUUAUGUCUCUAUACUCAUACACAAAUCAGCCCAUUUAUUUUUUCAGCCCAGGGAAGUUCUAAGAAAAUUUUAAGGAUAUAGAGUGUUUGAUUGAGAACAAUAUAUUGAAGUUACUGAUGGCUCAUGAAGACUCGAGAUGAGAAAACUAGUGUUAAGCAGAAGAAAGGUCAGUUUACUUGAAUAACUUUGUGCCUUUCUAUAUUGUGACUGCAUUGUAUAAAAUGCCCUCUGUACAAAGACUUAAGUAAGAUUCUAAUUGUUGCAUUGUUUCUAACAGGAGCAUGGACUUGAGUACAGUUGUUUAAUAUAACUGCUUACUUUAAGUAUGUGGGUAAUCCUCAGCUCCAAAGGAAAACAGUGUUCCUUGUAUUAGUAAAGCCUGUCACUGCAUUUGCAUUGAAAGGGCAAGUUAAGAAUGUGAUUGUCUAAGAGCUAGUUAGCUUUUCUGUUUUAUACUUCUGUAAAUGUGAAUUGCCUUUCUGUUAAUCAACUUGAAAUGACUGCUAAAUGCUUGUUGUUCAUAUGUGAACAAUGCAGUUGUUCAUGCUAUCCAAAAUGCAGUCGUUUAAUAGAGUCUUCCUUAAGUGUCUGAAGUAAUAAGUAGUGAUGUUAGCACUGACAUUGCUGAUCAGUUUAUUCUCUACAUUGAUUAAUUGAUUGGGUUAGAAUCCUCAUCUUAUGAUUCUAAGCUUUUUUAAUGUAAUGAUCAAGUUCACAGGGUUAACAGAAUUCUGGGGCUAGUAAGAAGCAACACAUUUGCAAGGUAUAUACAAGUCUGCCUUAACUCUAAUAGUGACUUAAAUGUUUCAAGUCACCUUACCUGAUGAAUUUAGAUGGUCUUGAGACCUCAGCAUGACUAUCUCCACUCAGGUAACUAAUAGCAGGGGGUGGGAGUAAAUCCAGCUGAUAGCCAGUUGUCUGGCUAUCUGAACCUGCUGCCUUCUGUCCCACGGCCUCGGUAUGAAAUGCUGAAUUUUCUUUAUAUGAACUUGCUUCAAAAAAACAAAACAAGAUUACACUUCUGGGCAUUACGAAAGGCAGGGUUUUCAAAAGUGCUUUUUGUGCUUUAGAAAGUCAUUUUUCUGUCAUGUCUUAGAAAUUGAUAGAGUUGCUUGGAGAAGGUGAUUAAAGAUUAUAGCAAAGAUUAAGCUAUGGAGACUUGAUUUCUCAGUAGUCACUUCAGAAGACUGUAAACAGAGGGAGAUUUUCAACUUCCUUGCUCUCUGAAGAAAUCUCUUCCCGUACACUGUAGAAACAUGCCUGUUGCCUUUCUUUAAGCAUCUGAACAGCCAUCUGCAAAGUUCACUACAGGAGAGCUCUCUGAAAGAAGGACUUCAGGCUUGCAUCCUAAUGAAUCUGCCAGAAUUGGAUGUUUCUGCACAUAUCUGGCCCUUGACAGACUUCGUUCCCCUGCUGCAGGAUUUGAAGAUCGAAGGCCCCCUUUACAAAGGGGGAGAUACAAUAAAAAGCCAUUUCGAGAUCUUUGAAAGCCUACUUGUAACACUUGGCUCCCUUGACAUCAAGGACAGCAAUGAACACUUAGAUGAGUUCAUUGAGAUGAGAUGUUUCGUGCUUGGUGACCAUACAUUUUCAGUGUUAAGGUUUGAGAAAACCAUUGUCAUGACAUCUGCCCCUUCUUUUUCCCCUUCCUUGCCCCAGUAGUUUUUGUUGGUGGAGGGUUUUUUGAGUAGGCAUUUAGAUGUGGUUUAAUAGUUUUAUGCUGCCUACCACUUUAACGUGGUUUUCUUCUGUUCACUGCUCUGAAUUUUGUCUAAAUCUCAUGUUGUCUUUUUAAUAUUUCAUUUUCUGUAAAUAAUGCAGUAGGUGGCUUUUAUUUUGUGACUGGCUCCUCUUAUGUUUUUAUUGUUGAAGGAAGAGACAGGGUGGAAACAGUUGUUUUUAGUACACUCUUCAUGGAAUAAAAAAAAAGUCUCAUUGUUUUGUUUUAAGAAUAGCAGGACUGUUUUUUUUAACAAUUGAAUGAGGAUGUGGGCUAAUGUCCAUUUCUAAGAAAUAUAUUAAUAUUCACCUUAUUUAUUCUGUAGUUUCCCCUUCCACAAGGAUCCUCUGAGUGUAUGUGCACAUGUAUGUACAUACGCAUACACAACAUGAUUAGAAACCUUUCAUGUAAUUAUUUCUAAAUGUGGAUGAAAAGUAACAUUUUAAAACUACUGAAGAUGGAGUUAAAUGCAAAAGCGUAAGUCUGUAGUCUUUGGAGUCCACAAUGGUGCUUUUGACAAUGUUAUCCCAUACCUGAAAGUCUCACGUUAAUAAGUAUAUAUUAAGAUGUAGGUAUGUUUAUAUGUAUGUUUAACAUAGUUUCUAUAAAAUCAAUGUAAAUUUUGUUUCUACAGACAAUAAAUGUUGUAACAAGAUUUUUACUUAUAAAUACAUUCAAUGAUUUG